GGGAAGAAUGAAAUUGGAGUUGACGCGACUUUCAACUUGCAUCAUUUGUGAGAAGAAAUUCCAAGAGUUUUGGGUAGGACCAAGAUCGAUUGCCACUAGUGAUGGUUGUCUUCGUUAUCCGCUCCACUACUCUGGAAUGCUGAUGUGCUUGUCUACCAGCUUUUACUGAAUUGAGUGAUAAUUUGGCUCAAUGGUGGCGCCGGAGCGAGAGUCUCUUUCUCUCGGUUUAUCCGGGCUUGCAGGAGUAAAGCGUUUCUCACCGGCACCAUACAAACAUCUUCCGGUGUAUCCGUUGCUUUCUCCUGCAGUAAACUUCUCGUAUAGUAAUCAGCCACGACUGCAUGGACCUUGUGAGACCUGCUUUCCACAGCCUCAACCAAUUUAUCAUCAGAGUUAUGUCGACCUCCUGGACUUUUCCAGGUUUGGUGGACUCCCGUAUCCUGUCUUGCCCGGUGCUCAGCCUCCGUCACCAUGGUUUGCAGACCUUCGUUAUACAUUCAAAACACCUCUGCCUCACUCUUAUCCAAAUGUCUAUGAUGAAGUGAUCAAAUCUGAUAGAGUGGAUUCGGCAAUAGAAGCGGAAGAAUUGCGGACUCCAGAUGUCUCUGUUUACAAAAUAAAAAGAAAAGUUAAAAAGUUUUACUACGAAAUUCGAGCUACUUUGUCGCGAUUCAUCUGUAAAAUAUGUGGAUAUCUUCUCUACAAGGUAUUCCGCCGCUUGAUGACCCGUUUGCUCGUGUGUCCGCACCAGAUGGAGCGACUUGUUGCCGCUGAAAAGACUGGAAUUCCACUUGUAUAUCUGCCUCUACAUCGUUCUCAUCUUGAUUAUCUGCUUAUCACCUGGGCCUCGUGGCAUUUUGGCCUUCGUUUGCCACAUAUAGCGUCCGGGGACAACCUGAACUUGAGCGGACUUGGGUGGCUUCUUCGCGCAACUGGUGCGUUCUUCAUUCACCGAAGAGUUGAUGAGCAUGAUGAGACUGGCAAGGAUGCAAUCUACAGAGCUGUGCUUCACUCGUACAUAGAACAAGUUCUGAAGAAAGGAAUGUGCAUAGAGUUCUUUCUGGAAGGAACCAGGAGUCGAUUUGGCAAACCAUUGUUACCAAAACACGGUCUCAUAUCGAAUGUCGUUACUGCUGUGCAGGAAAAAGUAAUUUCUGACUGCUAUCUUGUGCCUGUUUCCUAUACGUACGACAAUGUUGCUGAAGGGGUCUUUUUGGACGAGCUGAUGGGAAUCCCCAAGAAACGUGAAAGUGUCAUCGGUGUCAUCACUGGAAUAUUUAGAAGCUUUGGCAAACCAAAAAGAUGUGGUGUUGUUCGUAUGCAUUAUGGGACACCUAUCCUUCUUUCGGAUUACCUGGAUGCUCUCCAUGAAGCUCUCGUAUCUCGCGAAGUAAAGCCUCAACUCGGUCGUUUACCCCAUUGUUCCUCCUACAGGGAGCUGGUGCCCUGGCAGUCUAGGCAUAAGGAGGAAGCAGACUACCGCAGCUUGAUCCGAGCUAUAGGUUAUCAUGUCGUCUAUGAAGCUCAGUCUAUGGUGUCAGUAUCGCUGGUGACCGUUGUUAGCGCUCUUUUGAUGUGCAAAUUUCGGCAGGGUGUCACCUUACAAGUUUUAUCCGCUGACACUCAAUGGUUAUGUGAUCAAAUUAUUCAUGACGGUUCUGAUGUCAUGGGCUGGCACAGUGGGGAAACACAUGGCCGAAUUGCAGUUGAGUACGCCCUGCAAUACAUGCGGAAAUCCGUUGAGCGCCACGUAGAUUGUGAUUCUGGCGCUGACGACAUCCACCUGAUCAACACCCAUCGGCAGCUUGUGAACAUGGCCUUUUACAAGAAUUCGCUACUUCCACUUUUUGCUCUAAAGUCAGCUGUAGGUAUUGUGCUAAGUGCACAGAAUCCGCCUCGUGUCGAUUUUGCAGAUGUUGUGAAUGAUGUGGCCUUUAUCUGCGAAUGGAUGCAGUUUGAAGUCAUAUUUUGCAAACCAUGUGAAGAUCUUCGUGCUGUCAUAGUGGAAGUUCUUGGUCGAAAUGGUCUAAGUCACAUUGAUUCUGGUAUUCUUCGACUAGUAUGUGACGAGGAAGACGAUUUUGAUGAAGCUGCUCAUUUGAAGCUUGAGGUCCGUGAUGUAAUGUCCCAUGAGCUCUUAUUAUUUUACUCCAACUUUCUGCGUCCAUUCUUGCAAUCGCUCUACAUCGUCAUUACCAAGCUGCUUGCUGGUGAUUCCGUCGCUGAGGAGUCCAAGACAAUCAAAGAGUGGUGUAAGAACUGCAUCAUCAAUCCGUCACUUCUACCAUUCCCUCUUUUGUUGGAAGCAGUAAAUUCGGAUUCAUUUCGAAAUUGCAUUCGACUCUUGCGCUAUAAGGGCAUCCUCUCGAGUGACUCGACUCAUCUGGAAGCGGCGAAGAGCGAGGAGAUACGCGAAAGACUAUUACGAUUUCUUGCUAUACAAUAGCCGGCCUACGUUAUUAUUUUGUUGAUUUCUUCUCGUCUCAGAUUCUAUCUUUGCUCAAAGUCAUAGGUGCGAUGGGGUGAACAAAAGUUCACCCCCCCUUCACUUUGGAGGUCGGACCACCCCCCCCCCCUUCAGCUGACGGACGAAAAUUUUUUUUGAAGGAUCGAACGCAGAUCUUAUAGAAAUGAUCUCGACCGACAAUAACAUGGGCAGCGGACAAUGGCAGUUACUUUGGAGGCCUGAAAGGCGCUGAUGGACGACAGAUUUACC